CCCGGCGAACAGCUAAACAUACAGCUGAUAUUCCAACAGGACCUUCUCAGCUGCACUGAAACCACCACAGUAUCACCCUCAUUUAAUUGUUUGGUCCCUGCACAUGACUCUCAGAGAAGCACCAAUGGCCUGCGGCUCAGGCGUGGUGAUGAGUGCCUUUUUUUGGUCUGUAGCCAUUGUAUAUAUGACUCAUAUUGGCAGAGUCAGUGGAGACUGCUGGCUGAUUGAGGGUGAAAAGGGCUUUGUUUGGCUUGCCAUUUGUAGCCAAAACCAACCACCUUAUGAGGCCAUCCCACAGCAUAUCAACAGCACCAUUGUUGACCUUCGUCUGAAUGAAAACAAAAUCAAAAGUAUCCAAUACUCUGCCCUUAGUCGCUUUGCCAACUUGACCUACCUGAACAUGACGAAGAAUGACAUCUCCUACAUAGAGGAUGGGGCCUUUUCUGCUCAGUUUAACUUACAAGUCCUUCAAAUGGGCUUCAACAAGUUGCGGAACCUGACAGAGGGGAUCCUCAGGGGUUUAGGAAAGCUGCAGUACCUCUACCUCCAGGCAAACCUGAUAGAGACUGUGACAUCCAAUGCCUUUUUGGAAUGCCUCAACAUUGAGAACAUUGACCUCUCUAUGAACAGAAUCCAGCAGUUAGAGGGGUCUACGUUCACCACUUUGAAUAAACUGACCACCUGCGAGCUGUACACCAACCCAUUCAACUGCUCCUGUGAAUUAUUUGGUUUUGUCAAAUGGCUCUCAGUUUUCCCUAACAGGACAAAUGAGCGGAUGGUCUGCGACUCCCCACCUGGCGUCUCUGGUUAUAGUUUAUUGAGCCAGAAUCCAAACAAACCAGCAUAUCGAAAUGCGCUUCACAUGCUCACCACUGUGUGUACUGACGACUAUUCGACACCUUUUUUUGCCGUGCCCACUGAAUCCACGACACCCCCACCGGACUCGACACUCUGUGGGCUGGAAGAUUGCCCCUCAGGCACAGAACCAGAAGACAUUACCAUCAGUACAACCUACACUGACGUGGAAGUCAACCCUGUGAUGAAACUGAAUCAUGUAUCGAAUACAGGUGCCACCAUCACGGUUCAGAUUCCUCACCCCUACAAGAAGAUGUACAUUCUGGUUCUGUACAACAACAGCUUUUUCACAGAUAUUCAAACCCUGAAAGAUAUAAAGGAGGACAUUGACCUUAAAAACCUAAAACCCCACACUAACUACACGUACUGUGUCGCUUCAAUACGCAAUUCUCUCAGACACAACCACACCUGUCUGACAAUCACUACAGGCCCUUGGAAUGGAAAGGACAGAGCUGUGAACAAUGCGACUGCUACUCAUUACAUCAUGACGAUUUUGGGCUGCCUCUUUAGCAUGGUCAUUUUUCUGGGUGUGGUCUACUUUUGCUUGCGAAAAAAGCGUCAGCAAGAUGAAAAGCACAAAAAAGCGUGCAGCCUGAAGAAAAAUAUAAUAGAGCUCAAAUAUGGGCAAGAGCUGGAGGGGGCGACUAUAUCUCGAAUGUCGCAGAAGCAGUUGUUGGCCGGGGAGAACAUGGCACGUAUGCCAUACUUACCAUCUGCUGCUGAAAUGGAGCAGUAUAAGUUUCAAGAGAUGAGUGAUACUCAUAAAAUGAUGAAAGGAAAUUACAUGGAGGUGCGGAGCAUGGACCACCACGAACGCAGGGAAUGUGACAUGGGAAUGCCAGGGAAUAGCCAGGGGUCGGUGGCAGAGAUUUCCACCAUUGCAAAAGAGGUGGAUAAAGUCAAUCAGAUUAUUAACAACUGUAUAGAUGCUCUCAAGUCAGAAUCCACCUCUUUUCAAGGGAAGUCUGGAGCAGUGUCCAACGCAGAGCCCCAGCUUGUGAUGUUAUCAGAACACCCACAGAAUAAAGCUGGCCUCCUGUCCCCAGCGUACACAGACAGCUAUCACCACUCCCUGCAGAGGCAUCGGACUUCCGAUGUCUCGCCAAAGAGGCCCAGCACCGCCACAGGAGGGCCCUCGCGCAGCCCAAGGCCUUAUCGCUCUGAAUCCAAGUACAUCGAGAAAUGCUCCCCAACAGGAGAGACCCUGCUCACCGUAAACCCCGCCGCCGCCAUCCUGAGGGCCGAGGCAGAGAAGAUGCGUCAGUACAAUGACCACCGCCACUCUUACCCCGACGCUCAGAUCGAGGAGCUCGAUGGUCCCGACGGCCACAAGACCUCCAUGUUGGAGCCCCUCACUCACUCCCGCAGCAGAGACUUAUCAUAUUCCCAGCUGUCAUCUCAGUAUCACAAUCUAAGCUACUCCUCCAGCCCCGAGUACUACUGCAAACCUUCACACAGCAUCUGGGACAAAUUCAAAUUCAACCGGAAACGGAACAAAGAUGAGGAAUACAUGGCGGCGGGCCAUGCACUGCGUAAGAAAGUCCAGUUUGCAAAGGAUGAGGACCUGCAUGAUAUUUUAGACUACUGGAAAGGUGUUUCAUCCCAACAGAAAUCAUAACCUCUUUUGGUGUUUUUAAAUAUGGACCACACAUUGCAGAAAUGACACAAGAACCUCGUCUGACAAUUGAAUCAAUGGAUACUUCCAUAUUAUAAUGAACUACUCACUCAAGUGUACCACAAUCUAUUUGGACUGUGUUGA